UCCUGUCUCUCAAAGUUUCUUUUCAGCCCAAAAAAGAUUUGGGACAAGAAGAAAUAGAAAACAAUAAAAUAACGGUGGGGGACUUGAUUGGUGACAAACCGGAAGAGGUAAUCGAUAUCAAUUCCAUAAAGGAGUUGACGCAAUUUGGAGGAAAAUUUGUUAUACCUUCAUUCGAUUAUACAACCCAUUUUGAUGAGCAAAUGUACAUCCAGCGAAAGUUGAAAUUUCCUUUCCACGAUAAGUUUGAGGAUGAAAUAGCGAAGCGACUUGACUGCAGUGUAACUCUACUUCGUGAAGAGGAAUGCAGGAUUCGACCGGAUGGCCACAUCGAAUGGCUCGUUGAAAACAAACGAGAAAAAGAAACAUGGAAAAAAAUCGCAAAUGUCGCAAAUCAAUCGUCGUCAUUAAAUGAAAUUCACGAAGAUGAUCAUUUGGCUCAUUUGAAUGAAAAUACAAAAGAAAAGUCUGUUGUCAUCAUAUCCGGUGUGGCCGGAACGGGAAAAUCUACUCUUCUCUCUCAAUAUUAUAAAGAAAUUAAAAAAGCAAAACCGGACCAUUGGGUAAUCAGAAUCAAUUUAGUGGAUCACUACGAAGCAAUUCUGAAACAGGAUACAACACCUUCGGAUCCCGUCGAGUUUUUUGUUAAUCUGCUACACGUCAUUGAUGAUAAAAGUUCAUUUUCUCGUUCGUUAUUGAGAAAACGGUUGGAGACGGGAGACCGUAUCAUUUUCAUGUUUGACGGAUUCGAUGAAGUCAACGAAAUGUGUCAAGAUAAAGCGAUUGAAUUGAUGAAGGCCAUCACUAAAGACAACUCUAUCCAACUUUAUGUGACAACCCGACCACACAUGCUCGACAAACUGCAAUUUCAAUUGUCUCAAUUGUCUUACAGUUUGGCAAAUUUCCAAAGAAACGACCAAAUUGAUUUCUUGAUUAAAUAUUGGGAGAAAGAACUCAAUUUAAUUGGCGAUAAAAAUGGCCCAAUUCAACAAUUCGCAGAAUUCUUAGUUGAUCGGGUAUCGGAAACGUUAAAAGAUAAAGAAAGUUCUUUUAUUGGAAUCCCAUUGCAAUGUCGGAUCAUAGCCGAACGUUUCCAGCCCAAUCUUUCAGUGAUGGAGGAAAACUACGACCAAUGUCGAGUAAAAAAACUCAUAACCGAUCUACUUGAUGGUAAGAGAUUCGAUUUGGCUAAUUUGUAUCGUCUUUUGAUGGAAACCAAACGCCGGGUCUUUCUCGAAGAAAAAGCUAAAAUUUCCUCAUCAUCAGUUCAAAACGAUAUUGUGGUUGACGCCAUUAAUCAAUUGAUUCAAGAUAUUGAGAGUCAUCUGACCAAAUUAGCCAUCGAAACUUUAGUCACGAAUCAGAAGCACUUGGAAACUUUGCUGCCACCUCAGUCGUCGUACCGGUCCGAUGAGAAUCUGGCUAAAACAGAAAAUAAAAUCGCUUUAAACAGUCUGAAAUUUGGAUUGACAUUAAAAAAUGGAGAUGAAUCAAAAGUCCAAUUCUUGCACCGGACAUACGCCGAAUAUUUAUUCGCCAGAUAUUUGUACGAAGGGUUUCUUCUCGAUGAGAAACGACACAACAAAUUACUAGAAAAUGAAUCCAUUCGAAUGUUAAUUCUGAAAAAAAUCCUGGCGAGACCAGAAUACCAUGGUGUCCAAGUGUUUUUCAAUAGCAUGUUGAAAGAGUUAGUCGAUGGCGACGAAGAGUGGCGAAAUAGAAUUGAUAACCGCAAUUUACCGGAAAGGAUAAAAAAAUUGACGGAAAAUUUUUACGACCAAUAUCUUCCUGAAGACUCACCUCCACCGGUGCCAGACACAGAGGUUUCUGGGGGGAGUCCUCGGACAUCAAAAAUUUACCAACGGUACGACACUGAAAACGCACUUCAUUUUUCGCUUUUGACAGGGAAUACGAUCAUAUUCACAAUUUUGUGCGAUUGCCUUGAUGCAACUUUGGAUCAAAAACAAGUACGAAUCGUAGUGAUGAAAUCUUUCAUGGACGAAACAAGCAAUUUUUCAUUCAAAUUUUUCCGCCAAGUAGAAAGUAAAUAUUUUAAACGAUUUAUCGAUUACGUGGACAGCGAAGCGGAUAAAAUCAUGUCAAAGUUUGCAACUUACCCAGCUUACCUGCCACCUUGUGAUUUAGAAUAUUCUGAAUGGAAUGGAGAGGAACAACAAGAAACUGUGCACCACUUGUUGCAGUUUAUGACAAAUCAACGAGAGUCUUUUAACAAUUAUUUCGGUCCCUACAGUGAGCGCGCGAUAAAACCCAUGCUAACCUUUUUCAUUUUCAACGAAAAUUACGAAAGUCAUUUAGAAAUCUUUUUGGGAUUACUGUCUCAAUCGACGGUCUAUUCUGACGAUAUCCAAUUUGAAAAUCUGUUAAAGAAAGCCUUCUGUUCCAAAGAACAUUUUAUUGGUGGCCGAAUCGAAAAAGUGUUAAUUAUCUUAUGCUGGCUUAAUAGACAAAAUCUACUGACUCAACUUUAUGGCAUAGUUCUAGCGAUAGAACUAGAAGCUUUUCAAAAUAUUUACCAGCCGCGGCCGCUGGUAGGAGAUGGCGUAGGAAAAGUGAGAUCGUCAAUGUCUUGGAAAGUACUGAUGAAACGAGAUUCGUAUCGAAUGACUCGUCUUCAUCGAGCAGCCUUCCACGGAAACAUGAAGGCAGUCGAGAAAAUGUUGGAAAAGAUUUGCCAAAAUUUGACUGAUCCAGUGAACACAAAAUUUGCGUGUAAAAUAAUAAAUGAAGUCUUGGCUCGGGAUGAAUAUGGAUUUACACCGUUUUAUGUAGCUGCUGUCCGUGGUCAUGAGGAAAUCUAUCACAAAAUGCUGAUCUUCUUGAAAAAAAUUCUUACCGAUAAAAUACUAAAAAAACACUUGAUAAACCCAAAGGGAUUUGUGCACCGCGCACUUUCCGACGCCAUUGAAUCUGAAAACAUUCCAAUGUUGCAAUUGAUGCUAGAAGCUUUUAAGAAAGAACUGGGGCAAAAGAAACUUUUACAAAUUCUUCGUCUUCGUUCCGAAUCUCGUCACUUUGGUUCCUUCGUUUCCGCAUGCUGCAAAACGAGAAAAAUGUUCUAUGUCUUGGCAAUUUCCGUCAUGAGAAAGGAAAAUGUUACGAAUGAUACAAAUUUUCAUAGAGAUUUCUGCCAGUUGGUUCGCGGGGCCGGUCUAACAAAUGAAAUCUUCCAUUACAUGAACGCUAGCCCUCAAGGACAGUAUUCAUUCAAAAGUUUUGACGAUUAUAUCAAUGAUAUUGAAAAAAUAUAGGGUUAUCGAUCGUAUUUCAAUUAUGCUAAUUCCAAUAUGAUACCCGUUCAGGACCGACAUUAUUAGAAUUUCGAAUACCCUUAAUACAUUUCCUCAAUCAUGACAGGGCAAUUGACUUCAACAAAUUGUUAGGAAUAUUACUUUAAAAAUCGAACACUACAUGAAAUAAUAUCGCAAAAUGGACCCUAUUUCAAACUCCGGAUAAGUUCACCAAAAUCGUUUAGAAGAAACUGAAAUUGGUGCUCCAUAACGACUGUGAAAGACCAGCCAAUUUGGAAGGAAAGGAAUAAUCGAUGCCCAUGAUGCUUUUGGCGAAAUUAACAAAUUUUCCCUUUGAUUACCGAGACUUGGAAUAUCGACGAAAGUGUUAUAUUGUCUUUUCUAAUUCUAACUGUCAUUUUAACCAUUUCAUUUCAAACGUGUUUUUUGUAUUUUAUAUAUUAUAAAUUGACACUAACGAAAGUUUGAUUGACGAUUGUGAAUACAAGAUGUUCCGAGAACUUGGGGGGAAAAAAAACAAGAUGUAGGUAUUCGUUCAUUAAAAUAACAGUCAGAUGUCAAAUUAACUCCAUGGAUGAUGACGAAUGAAGAGUUUCAGCUAACGAGCGUCAUCGUUUCAUGGGUUUCACAUCACAUGUCUUUUAGUGCAAAAAAUGUGUAGUGCGCGUCUCUCAUUGUAAUAAAAAAUUCUCCGCUAAA